AUGAUUACCUAAUAGUUUAUAUUUAUCAUAUAUUUAUGUAUUUUAUAGUUACCUUUACCAAAACAUGUCGAUUACUCAGGUCACGAGUUCACGGUCUGGACGUCGUAGGAGCAUGAAUGUUUUUUCGCAUUCGCAGCAACACAACUACGUACGAUACUUGGAUGAAUUAAAACAAGAGUUCAAGAAAAUUUACACAAAUCCGCCCGUUUAUAAAAAAAGUAUUAAUGAUUUUGAUUUCAUACAAAAUUUAGGAACUGGCUCAUUUGGAACCGUGGUCUUGGUGCGAGACAAAACGACGUUUCGGUAUCAUGCCAUGAAGUCAAUCGAGAAGGAAGUUGCAGUGUCGACGAAAGCCCUAAAGCAGUUGGUUCAAGAAAAGAAAAUAUUACAAAGCUGCAAUUUCAUAUUCGUUUUAAACUUGGACUUUUGUUGCAAGGAUAAUGUUUAUGUUUAUUUAUUAGUGCCUUUCGCGGAAGGUGGCGAAUUAUUCUCAUUACUAAAGAAAUUAGGGGUAUUAUCAGAGCCUCUAGCUCAAUUUUAUAGUGCGCAAAUAGUAUUGGCUUUGGAGUACCUGCACCACUGCGACGUAAUACACAGAGAUGUUAAACCAGAGAAUAUCCUGAUCACAAAGACAGGAUAUCUCAAGUUGGGAGAUUUCGGUUUUUCUAAAAUAUUAAAGAACAGAGCGUGGACUUUAUGUGGAACACCAGAGUAUUUAGCACCAGAAAUUAUAAAAUCUAAAGGAUACUCAUACUCUGUUGAUUGGUGGGCAUUUGGGGUGCUUGUAUUCGAACUGAACGUUGGGUACCCUCCAUUUUACAGUACAGACACGAUGAAACUUUAUGAGAAAAUAUUGUCAGGUUCAUUCAAGACUCCAGCAACAAUGACUCCUCAGUGCAAAUUGUUGGUAAAGCAGUUACUAGAAGUAGAACCUAGUAAACGAAUUGGGUUUCUAAAAGCGGGAGUAUAUGACAUAAAGAGUCACGAGUGGUUCCAGGGGCUGGAAUGGAACAUGUUGCUGAACCAGCAACUGAAGCCGCCAUUCAUUCCGAUACUUAACGAUAUCAACGUCGAGACCGACGCCAUAAUGGGCAGAAAGAUAAAGCAUUCUCCUAUAAAUUUGUUCGAAGAAGAAUUUGAAGAUUUCUAGAAUGUUUAUGAUUGAGUAUAUAGCGUCAAAAACAGUUUCUUCGGCCGCCUUAUUGCAAAAUAUCAUUGAUGUUUUUAUAAUGCACUGGUAGAAAAAUAAUAUAUGAUGUUCAAAUGGAAUUUAAAUACCUGUGUAAAAUAACGGCAUACUCUAGGG